UGCCUUGACAGAGUGUAGAUAGAUAAGAGUAAUUCUUGUUUCACUAAUUUCUCAUUGCCCAGUUGUUUUCUAUUGGCUUCUAUUAAAUGUAAACCGGCAAUUUCUUUAUAAAGAAAAAAUAGUUAGCAUUUGCCAUGCGAAUAUUCGCACGAUUUUUUCUUUCGUUAAUUGUUUUUACUUCAUUUGUUAUAUGUAUCGUUUUCACCAUAUCUUCACUUUUCUUCCCAACAAUUAUCCAGUAUGACGAGAUCAACGACGAAAAUUGUUUUAACAUGCCUCCUCGUCAUUACAUCCAUCCAGUUUACCUCGGAAGUGGUCCGCCAAUACAAUCCACACCCAGACCGCUCUACAAUCCACGACGUGUAAAAACAUCAGCCCGGCUGGAUUGUCACCUUCAAAACAAAACACUCAUUAUUGUAAACUCACAUGCGAAUCACACAAAGUAUAGAGAAAUGCAACGCGAAAAUUUUGGACCAGCAUGGUUGAACGAGAACAAUGCCGUUAUGUAUUUUAUUGUUGGAACUGAUAUAGAUGUUGAUAUCGACGAUGAGAUCAAAACAUACGAAGAUAUUAUUCAAGUUGAUAUUAAUGAAAAUUACCAUAAUAUAACUUACAAGGCUAUCUUUUGGAUUAAUGAAAUUAACAAAUGCAGACAUGGUCCCAAGUUAUUACUAAAAAUUGAUGACGAUGUGCAUAUUGACAUGAUUGGCUUGCAAUUCUUAAUUAAGCGGUAUAGCGUGAUGGACGAUUUCAUGGCAUGUCGAGUGAUUUCAAACGGGCAAGUUGUGAGAAAUAACACGUCCAAAUGGUACUUAUCAAAGAAAGAUUACAAGUUUCCGAAUUUGGGAACUUAUUGUCAGGGAAUGGUGUAUUUUAUUAGCGGGAACUUAUUGCCAAUUCUUCACGGAAAUAUCGAGAAGUCGCAGUUUUUAUGGAUGGAUGACUGGUACGUCACCCGAUCAUUGGUAGGAGAUUAUAAAAUCAGUUAUUACUCCUUGGAACAGCAUUCGAUUUCUCCAAACACAGUUCGUGAAGUGUAUUCAAGUUUAAUGGCUAUCAAAACUCGAAAAUGGAGGACCAUCUUUGCUCAUUUUCGGCCACCCCAGAAAUUCCCGAUGUACCGCCGACGGAAAAUCUGGGCGAACAUAACAGAAAUCAACAACUCGUGUAAUAUUCUAAGGAAGGCUAGAAUCAAUUUUGUUUCAGCUUAUUGAUAAACAGAUUUUUGUUCCAAAA